UCCUUGUGACUUAUGCACUAACUGCAACCCGUCCGACGGCAUUUUUUGCAGCUCGUGCAGCUAGACACAGCAUUGCACAUUCAAAGAUGAACAAAAUAAAUGCCUUUUUACAAAAAAAUCUCAAAUCGGAUCCAAUGGUAUAAGCAUCAGUUGAAUAUUGCCUCUAUAGGUUGGAAGGGACUACUAUGGCGGUAACAAAAGUUGAGAGCUAGCUGGCCUCAAAACAAGAACUUCGCAGGAUCGAGCCCAUGUGGAUCAACAAAGCGACUGAGGAAGUUUCUCAUGUUUGCAACUCUGCUCACUGCCUUUUAUAUGCUGAUAUGGCAGGUGCCAAGGUAUUUCAAUAUCACCUACGUUGAAACCCGAGUGGUGCCUACUCGGCCAGCCUAUCGAUAUCUCAAUCAGCCAGCCCAGUCCAGUCGGCCAGGUCACCCCCCUCAGCAAGCCCAACUUCCUCAGCCAGCCCAACCUUCUCAGCCACCAGCUCCCCCAGCCCAGCCUAUUCGGCCACCGCAGCGUAGUCAAGCAGCCCAACCUCCUCGGCCAGCCCAGCCCAGUCGACCAACCCUGGUAUUCGGGAACUUGGCGCCAGAAUCUGCAUGGCACUUUAGACCCGACGCUUUGACAGACGUCAGAAAUAUCACAGCGAAACUGAAUCUGAAUAGUAAUCUACGGAAAUGGAAGUUGGGGAACUUCACAGAAGAUGUCGACAUCGGUCACUACAACACAUGCGCUGUCGUAGGCAACAGUGGCGUUCUCCUUGGAAGUCAGUGUGGAGCGGAGAUCGACUCCAUGGAUUACGUCAUACGAAUAGAUUUGCCGGCCAUCAAAGGUUACGAAAAAGAUGUUGGCAAACGGACCAGCAUGGUAUUGUUCAACUUGAAGGGGCCAGACAGAAUCCGACAGUCCGCUCUGUUCAAAAACAGAUCGCAGGAUGUGUACGAGAGUCGAUUUAGAAGCGCCGAAGGUGCCGUUCUGUUUGCAGACAAAAGAUCAAGAAAGAAUAUCGAGACAGCUGUGAAAGCGUAUAAACUCUCAUUUCCGUUGUUAAGUCGUCCAGGGAAACUAAGGACCGGAAUAAGCAGAACUGCAUCUGAAAUAGCGAACAAGAAGAUGAAGGGAACACCUUCCGUUGGUCUGGUCAGUGUUCUGAUGAUGACAACGUUCUGUGACCACCCUUAUAUGUACGGAUUCUACCCUUUCACAGAAGACGCGAACAACAACUCUAUCCUGUACCACUAUUAUCCAGGAGACUUCGUCGAUCCUCCGCUACAUCAUGCUUUUGCCCCAAAACACAAAAUGAACCAGGAGUACGACUUUAACAGGGAACUCCACAAACGGGGUGUUCUGAAGAUGCAGGUCGGUCCGUGUGGAAAACAAUGAGCUACUUGCUUGAUACUUCGGAGAUCAUUUGCAAUGU